AUCGAGUCGUACGCCGCGCACCUCAAGAACAGCGACCGCUUCGAGAUCCCCAAGUGGUGCGACCUCGUCAAGACGGGCGUCCACAAGGAGCUCGCGCCGACGAACGAGGACUGGUACUUCGUCCGCGCCGCGUCGAUCGCGCGCAAGGUCUACCUCAAGCCGGGCAUCGGCAUCGGCGCGCUCCGCAAGUGGUACGGCGGCCAGUACCGCCGGGGCUCGCGCGCCAAGUGCUACCAGAAGGCGGCGGCGGGCGUCAUCCGCUCCGUGCUCCAGCAGCUCGAGGAGACCAAGGUCCUCGAGAAGACGGCGACCGGCGGCCGCGCGAUCACGCGCGUCGGCCAGCAGGACCUCGACCGCAUCGCCGGCCAGGUCGCCCGCGGCGGCAACGACGAGUAGGGCGCCCGGCGCCCAAUGCCCGCGCGCGGGGCGCGUAAGCGCGGGGACCG